AAUCGUACUUGCAAGCGUUGUGUUGCGACAGAGAGGAAGAUGCGGAUGUGUUCGUUGAUGAUGCUAGCUAGCUAGCUAGCUAUUUGCAAUAUAUUGGGACAAUUUUCCAUCUUUUAUUUUACCAAGCAGCAAACACAUUGCGGAAAGGUUGUUGUGGAUAAGGUGUAGAUAAUGGAUUACUGCAAAGACCGUCUUAAAGCAGACUGUGAGCUGUUGCUGAGUAGAUUUCAGCAGACAGAAUCGGUGAGAUACGAGCUAUUCUUGACGAUAUGGAAAGAGACGAAGUUCCAAAGUAUUUUCUAUGGAAAAAUGGAAAACAAUCUAAAGAGGCUGUUCAGCCGUGAAAUCCUGGCUACAGCGUACACAUACUUUCUGCCCCCAUACACCUUUCAGAUUAGAGUUGGGGCCUUGUACCUGAUCUAUGGUCUAUACCACUGCCAACUGUCCACACCAAGAGAAAAGAUAAGGCUAGCCCUGAAGGACUGGGAGGAAAUGAUGAAGUUCCAGCAGGAUGCAGUUAGUGCACAGCACUUUGAUGUGGUCUACAUCAUCAGACAGCUCAUCUCACAAAAAGCCUUCUACUUCACUGCCAUGCCCACGCCGCUGAUUUUCAAUGUGAAGAAGAGCAACAAGAACUCAAGAACGGUGUGUGAAGAUUUCGUUGAGCGAGCGGCCCGGCCACAGGAGCUGGUCAGCAUGGACAUGUUGGAGGAGCUGGCAAACGUACAUGAGCACUAUGAGCAGGUGAAGGCAUCCAUUUCAGCCAAGCCAGGCCAGCCAGACUCAUCCAUCAAUCUGAUCCACAAGAACUUGGUGUCACGGCUACACAACACUGUCGUGGGAUUCUACAACUGGCAGAAGGCUCAGGGUUCGGAAGAUAGAGCCGAGGGAGAAGAUGGAGAUAGUGGCGAGGGAACUUCAAAUAAGCAAGAGUGUUCCAAGCGAGCUCAGCGUCUUGCAUCCCUCAAGUCUAAAUCAUAUGGUCAGCUAGUGGAGGCCUCCAAGGCCCGGCGACACCGGCAGGUUGAGAGGGAUGAGGCGGGGCCGGCUAAGGAGACCUCGCACCAUAAGAGACUCAAGUCACUCAAACAAAGGACCAGUCAUCUGACCCAAGGCGCUGCAAGGGAGGAGGCUCUGAAGACCACCAGGCUGUGGUGCAUGAGUCAACUUGAAGCUCAAGAAACAACUAAAAAGAAAAAGAAAAGGAAAUUCAAAUGGUGAUGUCACAGAAGAGGAAAAAGGUACCAAAGAAUUGGUUUGGUUUAGAGAGUCAGUCAGCCAUGAAUCCCUGUGUACAACCACAAUCCAUAAUCUUUUGUACAACUGAUUUUAGCCAGCAUUCAUCUGGUUUCACCAUAGGUGUUUUUAAUCACUCAAAAUGCAAUGCUUUUAAUGUCGGGCACAUAAGGAAGUUAGCCUCUAGGUGUUACCCUUCAUUUAUGAAGGCUUCGAAGACAUGCAAAGAUUUUUUGUUCAUGUCGCAGUAAAACAUUUAAGAAUUG